ACCGCCAUGUGAUCCUGGGGCUGCCGGGACAGUUGGGGCAAGAGGGGGGUCGCGGGCGUCCCUGGGCGGGGGCGACAUGGAGCGGAGGUGGGUCUUCGUGCUUCUGGACGUGCUGUGCGUGUUGGUCGCCUCUCUGCCUUUCGUCAUCCUGACCCUGGUGAACUCGCCUUAUAAGCGAGGGUUCUACUGCGGAGACGACUCCAUCCGGUACCCGUACCGUCCAGACACAAUCACCCAUGGACUCAUGGCUGGGGUCAUCAUCACAGCUACUGUCAUCCUUGUCUCAUCGGGGGAGGCCUACCUGGUGUACACAGACCGUCUCUAUUCGCGCUCUGACUUCAACAACUAUGUGGCUGCCAUCUACAAGGUGCUGGGAACCUUUCUGUUCGGGGCCGCCGUCAGCCAGUCUCUGACCGACCUGGCCAAGUACAUGAUUGGCCGCCUUCGACCCAGUUUCUUGGCUGUCUGUGACCCUGACUGGAGCCGGGUCAACUGCUCUGGCUACGUGCAGCUGGAGGUGUGCAGGGGCAGCCCUGCUAAUGUCACCGAGGCCAGGCUGUCCUUCUACUCUGGCCACUCCUCCUUUGGCAUGUACUGCAUGUUGUUCCUGGCGCUGUACGUGCAGGCCCGGCUCUGCUGGAAGUGGGCCCGGCUGCUGAGGCCCACCGUUCAGUUCUUCUUGGUGGCUUUUGCCAUCUAUGUGGGCUAUACCCGAGUGUCUGACCACAAGCACCACUGGAGUGAUGUCCUCGUCGGCCUCCUGCAGGGAGCCCUGGUGGCCUGCCUCACGGUCCGCUACGUUUCAGAUUUCUUCAAAUCGCGGCCGCCCCAGCCCUGCCAGGAGGGUGAAGAGCCAGAGCGCAAGCCCAGUCUGUCGCUGACGCUGACCCUUGGUGACCGACCCUAGCUGCUAUGGAAGCUGGAAAGUCACCCGUGGGCCAGUCAUGUGUUGGCCCCAUGCCCCUGACCAGGCACUCCUGGCUUUGGAGCUGUCCCGGGGUCCUGGCUGGUGACUGUGGACCAGGGUCUUGGGUGCCUGUGUGGCCCUGAGUGUGGGUAGGGCCCAUCGUCAGCAUUCCUUGACUAUCGCAUGGUCUCAAAAGAUGCGGUCCUGCUCAGAGGGCUUCUCUUGUCACCAGUGGGUUUUCGAGGAGGGCCAUCCCAGCAUGGCCCCGGGAAUGGUUGGCCCGAGACUGUUCACGAAGUCAGCACCCUCCCUGACAGCCCUGAAGGUGAUAAACACUUUGUUAGCCUGCGUGGGCAGGUGGCCUUGGGAAGAAGGCUGCCAACCCUUGGACUGCCUGGAAGGUCACACAUUGCUUUUGGUCUGAAUCCUUUCCUCAAGCCUGUGGAAGAUUACUGCUCGGGGCCUCCAAGCCCCUCCCUCAGGCAUGAUGUUCUGUCCUGUCCCCACUCUGACCAUGUGGACCAAAUGUGUAGCCAGGCAUAGGAAGUAGGUCCUCCUGGAUCUGCCCUUCCUGAUUGUUUCAAAACACUUUAAGUUACUGUCUCAUGGGAGGGUGUGUUAUAAACUUUGUACCAAAUGUC